UAUUCGGAGCUAGUGGUCUGCUCUUAUCGAGGUUUAGGUGAACGAUUGUGAGUGUGUGCGCAGUCCGGGAUGCACGGAGAGUCAGCAUCAUUGUUUCUGUUGCAUGGGCCGUAAUGCGGGUUUUCACACGGGGCAGCUAGCAGCUAACCUGCUAGCUCGUGGCUGCUUGAUUGUUAUAAACACAACUGAGUCCAAGCUUUGUUUGAUCAAAGAUGCUGAAUAUAUCUUCACACGAUAGUCUGCUCCUGCAUUCCUUUUUAGAUUAAUUGCCCUCCUUCCCACUCUGCAAAGAAAAAAAAAGAAACACCACCAUGAGUAUUAUCCAAGACAAGAUAGGCAAUGAAUUUUUGCGAAAUGGAGGCAUGGACCCUAAUUUCGCACCAGGUAUGCUUAUGUUCAGCCACUUGCCACCAGUCACCAGCUUUACACGACUGGCUUCUCAGUCUGUCAUGGGUGAGCUUCCCCAGGAGAUGAUCCUGAAAAAAGAGCGGGAUUCGCCUCCAGAUCACCAGGGAGCAAAUGCUGCGAACACAGGGGGGUUUCUCCACAGCAUGGGGAUCAAACAAGAACGACUAAGUGAGCUGGAUUACCGAAUGCCCCUCUACAGUGGAGGUGGCGGAGUGGGGGUAAACUGUGCUGGAGGAGGCGCGGGGAAGAGUGGUACCGACUUGCCAGAGGUGUCUUUUGUUAACCACCACCAGAAUCACCAGAACAUGCUCCUCCAUGACCUCAGCCUCAGCAACGUCCGCUCUUUGGAAGAAGCGAUGGCUGGAAGACCAGUUAAAGAGCCAAAAGAGUCCUCAGGUAGAAGGGGGCGGAGGGGUAAUGGAGACGGGCAAGGAGGCAAAGUUCGAAGGAAACGUAAUGAUGCUUCAAAGGCCAUGAUGUUGGAUGCAGAUGGAGCCUGCCUUUCCCCAAACUCAAAACCACAUAUCUGUGAGCACUGUAACGCUGCCUUUCGCAGCUCCUACCACUUGCGCAGACAUGUGCUCAUACACACAGAUUGUACAGGUGAGAGGCCUUUCCGGUGCAGUCAGUGCAACAUGAGCUUCAUUCAGAAGUACCUGCUUCAGCGGCAUGAGAAGAUCCACAGUGGGGAAAAGCCUUUCAGCUGUGACCAAUGUAACAUGCGCUUUAUCCAGAAGUACCACAUGGAGCGACACAAAAGGACACAUAGUGGUGAGAAGCCUUAUCGCUGUGAUACUUGCCAACAAUUUUUUUCAAGAACAGACCGGUUACUGAAGCACAAACGGACUUGUGGAGAAGCCAUAAAGAAGGGUCUAGACCCAAACAUGCUGGAGCUUAGUGAAGCGGAGCUUGGUCAAGGCAGCUAUUCAGUCACUCAGGGAAACGCCAGCAGCUCUGGACGCAAGAGGGGGAAGUCCAAAAACAGCGAGGGCGGUGAACGCAAGAGGAAGAAGAAUGCCUCCGCAGCAGCGUCUUCUUCUGAGGGGAUGGCCCGUGAGCUGGGCCUGCAUGACUUCAACAUGGAGCACCCCUCCGGCUCUGAUUCUGCAAUGCAGGGGCGUACCCCCAAAUUGGUAUUUAAAAAAUCGGCCCGGAAAGGGCUUGACAAAGGCCUCCUGUCCCUGGACGAUGGUGCUGAUGAACAAAAACUGUUAGACCAGAAAUCCGUCUCCAUGGAUCACGUGGAAGCUUCUGGCCUUGAUAGCAUGGGUCUUCUCCAGGGACCUGGGGCCAACAAACCUGGGCCCACCACCAGCAGCAACUACGAUGAUGCAAUGCAGUUUGUCAAAAAGCGGCGCUACCUCCAUGCAGUUAAUAAUGACUAUGGAGCUGGAUCCCUGCACAUGGCAUCCCAGGGUAACAGCGUGAUCCAGGGUUCCCUUGGGCCGGAGCCCACGCUGGCCAUGCUGGACUCGCCGCUGGAUCUCAAGCAUGACAAGUCAGGCAUUCCAGACGAGGUACUGCAAAGCCUGCUGGAUCAUUAUAGCCAUAAACCAGAGGGAACACACCACCAUGAUGUGACUUUUGAUUUGUCCGACCACCCGCACCACGUCGACCUCCAGCCAGCAGCGCCCGUUACCCCGGAACUGGAGGACGACUCGGGCAAUGGUAGUGACAAAUCCGCAGUGAUGAACGAGUACUCAAAGUUCCUCCUGCAGGCCUUGGAGCGCACCAGCCAUAGUGGGCCUUUCCCUAGCCUUGGCCCCACGGGGCCUUUCCCACUGCUGUCCAGCAGCUCCAGUCCCACCGGACCCUUGUUCUCUGACAAACACGUGUACACCACAUCUCCACUGGAUUGUGGCUAUCCACCUGCUGUUUCUUCUCCCCUACCAAUUGCUGCCUCUUCAUCAGCCUCCUCCUCAUCCUCUUCCAAGUCCCACUAUGGCAUGCUUGUUGGAUCCCCUUCGCAAACAGGCUACCAUCUAAGCUUGGACUCUACUAGUCACCAGCAGCUGACUCCUUCUCAGGAGCUGACUGAGCAACUGGAGAAGCAGCAUUCCCCUGGCACCUUCAGUAUACCCACCCAGGAGCUAGCGGCUACAGCCGAGGGCCCCAAGGGGCCGCAGCCCAAGAAUGGAGGGAGCACCGCACCCAGCAAUGGCUCCACCUAUCCAGACCUGUCUCCGCUGAACCCCCCUAAAGAAUCCACCUACCAGAUCGAGAACUUUGCCCAAGCCUUUGGGUCUCAGUUCAAGUCGGGGCGGCGGACCCCUCUGAGCUACGGUAGCGAUCCGGGGGCGGAGGUCGACCACAGAAUACGGACUCCAGUGUCAGAAUUCUCAGGGUAUACCAGUUUGUUAGCUGACGUAAGCGAGCCAGUGAGUACAGGAUCAAAAACCCCGACAAGCCAAAGUUUUCGAUAAGCCAGGGAGGGGGGGCUGUUGUUGUUGUCCACAUGGUUUCCGACCCCCGCUCUAGUUUUUGUUCCUGUAGCUACAUUAGUUUUACAAACACUGCCAUUAAAUGUUCAUACAAAAAUGACCAGGGAGGGUCUUUUAUGGCCUCAAAUGCAAUUUUUUAAAAUACUUUUUUUUUUUACUAUAGUCGCCUACGUUUUGUUUCAAAGUAGUGCUUUUGAUAUGAAAACGUACCGUAGAUUUAAAUGUAAUUUAAAACAUUUAGAUGGUAGCUAUUAACUAACUUGUUUUUUCCCCCCCUUCUCUUCCUGUUCCCGUGGUUUUUUUUUUUUUUUAUCAAUCAUCGUACCAUUGUAAAAAAAUAAAAUAAUAAAAAAAAAAUGUUGAUGAUUUCAAUAACAUUGUGGCAGGGAAAGGCCCAGAAUUCAAAUGGCAAAAAAAGUAUAUAUUGUCUGUUACAAAAAACGUAUAAACUCAGGAAAAAUAGGCAAAAUUGUGUAAUAAAACUUUGUAUUAUGAGAUGCAAUUAGCACAGUUUUCCAGGUGUAUUUUGAGACUACAAAGCUUUGUCUUUUUGUUUUAAUAUUUACUUGUCAGGACAAAAUUUUUCCAAAAUGUUUGGUUUUUAUUUUGUUUGUUUUUUUUGAAGUCCAUGUAGUUUUGUUGAGAUUAAGGUACUGUGUCUUCUGAGAGCCACGUCUACACGAGUUAGUAGAAGCUGUAGCAAAGUUUAGGCCAAACGCGCUCAUGCAGCUUUCGACUGUCGCACUGGUCCUCGCCACAGAAGAGGAGCCGCUUUUAGUCAAAGAUUUCCCAAGUUGGACAUCACUGUUACAGUAGUCAGCCUCAGAAUCCGAUGAGUAAUGUGUGAUCUUUCACGAUGCUGUUGCUGAGGUUUUCUUUUCUCUGACACCACUUUUUCUACUUCACGUUCUGCUGUUUUUGUGUCAAUGGAAUCAAACAAGCACUUUUUUAAAUAAGUCAUUGGAAAAAAAACAAUAACCCAUUCAACUUUUGGUUUAUGACAUUAUUAAUGCUGUUUUUUUGUUCUUUGUAUUUUUUAAAGGAGAAAACUGUGAACUGUGGGCGGGCUGGGUAAUUUGAAAGUGGUCAACUAGCUGUGACCAUGGGCAUUUUUUUUAGGGCAAACAAAGGACGGGUGGGUUUGUUUUAUUCUUUUUUCAGGUGAUGUAAAAAUAUGAUUUGCCAUAAUUUUGUUAUACAAUAUUUUGAGAGUACCUCUUUGUAUUUAAAUGUUUUUGAGAGAUGGGCUGACAUGCUGGAACCCUUUUAUGGGUAUGUCAUAUGCAUACCGAAAACCCUGUUAUUUAUUUUACAGUAGCCUCAUCGGAACUUCGUAGCGAGUAAUUUUAGGCGAGUAAUCCCUGAUAUACGUCCAGCUCGGCGGAAUUAUCUUUCAAGACGCCUCGAAAAAGCCAGUUCGACCACAACCCAAACUCCCUCUUCCUCCCAAAAAAACAUGCAGCCCCGCACUCGCAAGAAUACACAAUGGCCUUCUUUGUCUUCCGUGGCUUAAGCCAUUCUUGUCCCGGCAGCCAGGGUUGAUAUUUAAUUUAGUUGAUUUCCUGUGAGCCGUUGCCCCUUUUGCCCUCCCCCUUCCUCUUCCUAUGCGAGCCCGACAGCCAAGAGACUUUUGAAGCUGCUCAGAUCACACGAAACAAAGACUGACUGACCAGCCACUUCACUCCAAACAAGCUAUGCUUUUAAAAAAAAAAAGGUGGGGUUUGAUGGAGGGGGGGACGAAAAGAAAAAAUUGACCUAAAUAUACCUCAUAUCAUUAAAGCGUAAGAAAGCAGGGAAGCGCGUUUCAUGUAUGUAGUGAAAAUAUUUGUAGUAUAGGGUCGACAUAUUGUAUAAUCAUUGAACACUGCCAGUGUUUACAAUUAUAGAGCAAAUGACUCAUCAAAAAUGCAAAAUGUAUUUUUUUUCUGUAAAAUCAUCCACACCGAGCAGUGUUGCAUUAUAGAUGCCUCAUAGAACAUUCAUUCUCAUGUUAUAACCCUUAUUUUUGUUACUUGCCAUAUUGUGUUUUGAUAUGAUCUCUAGAAGGAUAUUGUUUACAAAAUGUACAAAAAAACACUAAAAACCUGUUCUUUAUUUUUUUUUCCUCUCCAGUAUGCAUGAACGACUUUUUGUACGUUUUAUUUUCUUUUUUCUUUCAGUCACAUCAAUACCAAAUUUUGUAGCAAGAGCCUCCCCAUUCCUUUGUCUUAUUUGUUCUAGACCCCAUGUGAUAUGAUUUCCCGGCUGUACCUGUUAUUGAGAUGAAUGGAUUAGAGAAGUCAAUAAAAAGUUUUUGUUACAAAA